AUGAAGAAGGAUCCUGAACUUCAAGCAAGCGUGCAGCAGCAGAUCAACGAAUACUUGGAGAACAACUAUAUCCACGAGGUGACACAGGAGGAAAUGGAAUCCACGGACCCUCGAAGGAUGUUCCAUCAGUUCAGAAUUCGCCAGGAAGACACACACAGUCAACGGUUCCUCUACAGAGAGUAUCCAUCGCGUUCGGUCAAGACGUUUGUGAUGGAUGUUGGUACCUUUGGAGCCACAUGUUCCCCCUGCCAGGCCCAAUACAUAAAGAAACUUAACGCGAAGGAACACGAAGCAGACUUCCCGGAAGCAGCGCAGGCGAUCCAAAAGAAGCACUAUGUCGACGAUUAUCUCGACAGCUUCGACACGGAAGAAAGGGCGAUCAAGGUCGCGCUCGAAGUGAAAGAAGUUCAUGCACGUGGAGGUUUCUGCAUCCGGAAUUGGCAUUCUAACUCGAAUGCACUUCUAAAACGGGUCGGGGAACCCAAAGGAACCCAACCAAAGGCCAUCAGCAUCGAUUCGGAGGGCGAAGCAGAAAGAGUUUUGGGUCUCUUAUGGCUACCAGAAGAAGACGUCAUUGCCUUUGCUAACGAUCAACAGCUGGAUGGAGUUAUACCGACGAAACGAAAUAUCCUGCGCUGUGUCAUGAGCCUGUUUGACUCGCAGGGUAUCCUGUCACAUAUAACGAUCCAGGGACGGAUGAUCAUCCAGGACACCUGGCGCAAUCAGGUCCAAUGGGACGAAGAGGUCACAGAGGCUAUUCGUAGGCGCUGGCUCCGAUGGACAAAACUGUUCGAUGAUGUCGGCCGGAUGAAGCUUCACAGACCAUACUUUCCUGGUUAUUCCACUGCUGAGGUCGGCUCGAUAGAGCUGCAUGUUUUCACGGACGCAAGUGAGGAAGCAUACGCCUGCGCGGGAUAUUUUCGGGCCACGAUAAUGGGAAAGGUGCGCAUUACGUUGGUGAUGGCCAAGGCGAAAGUAGCGCCAUUGAAAUCACUGUCAAUACCACGCCUUGAAUUGAUGGGAGCCCUUCUCGGAGCUAGACUAGCUGAAGCGGUGAAAGAAUAUCAUACUUUUUCAAUUGACCGCCGUGUGAUGUGGACAGACUCGAAGACAACAUUAGCUUGGAUCCAACCACAACAUCGCCGCUACCGACAAUUCGUGGCGUUCCGUGUGGGAGAAAUCCUAGAUAAGACCGAAGCUACCGAAUGGAGAUACGUUCCUACGCAGCAUAACCCAGCCGACGAUGCAACCAAGUGGGGUAAGGGACCCAGCACAGAUAUAACGUCACGUUGGUUUCGCGGGCCCGACUUUCUGUACAGUCUGGAAUCAGAAUGGCCGGAGCAAAGGUCUACGCAGUCUUUAGAAACGGAUGAAGAAUUGCGGCCCUGCAUGGUGCAUCGAGAGAAGCCAGUUGAGGAUGUCUACCAGAUCGACAACUUUUCUAAGUGGGAACGUUUGUUAAGAGCAGCAGCUUACGUCCAUCGAUACAUCGCGAACUGUUACCACAGAAGCAAGAAGCAGAAACUGGUCAUGGGAUUCUUACUCCAGGAAGAGCUGCAGAAUGCGGAGAACAGCCUGUGGCGGUCAGUACAGGCAUCCGUUUACCCGGACGAAGUAGCUGUGCUAAAAUUAGCAGGAGGGGAUCAGAAGAAGCAGAUUGGAAAGACUAGCCCUGUCUAUAAGCUGUCUCCGUUCCUGGAUAAACACGGCGUUAUGCGGGUGGAUAGCCGUAUUGGUGCCGUUCCGUACGUCAUGUACGAUUUCAAAUUUCCCAUCAUCCUGCCGCGCCACCACCACCUGACUAAGCUGAUCAUCGACUGGUAUCACCGCCGGUAUCUACACGCCAAUCACGCCACAGUACUUAACGAAGUUCGUCAGCGGUUCCACGUCUCCAGUCUUCGUACGGUAAUACGACAAGUAAUCAAGGAGUGCCAGACUUGCAAGAUAGCCAAAGCAGCUCCACUACCACCAAGGAUGGCUCCCCUUCCAGCGGCACGCCUAGCGGCCAUGGCACGACCGUUCUCCUACGUCGGGUUUGAUUACUUUGGACCUAUCCAGGUCCGGAUCGGGCGCAGCUGCGUUAAACGUUGGGUGGCCUUGUUUACGUGCCUCACCGUGAGAGCCGUACACCUGGAGGGAGCCAGCCGAGAGUUAAGGGAUCAGAUUACAGCGAUCGAUCAACAGUUGGCGGAAACCUUUACCAACUCGAACACGAAAUGGAUCUUUAAUCCUCCAUCCGCACCACACUUUGGCGGUUCAUGGGAGCGACUCGUAAGGUCCGUCAAGGUGGCACUCGGCUCAUUGUGCAGCGAAAGGAACCCGGAUGAAGAGACAUUGUGGACGGUCAUUACUGAAGCCGAGUCUAUAGUGAACUCCAGACCGUUAACCAAUAUUCCGUUAGAGAGCGUCGACCAGGAGGCCUUGACGCUAAACCAUUUUAUAUUGUUAAGCUCCAGUGGAAUCAUUCAACCUUCUACAAAACUGGCGGAACCGACAAAAGUCACUCGUACGAAUUGGAACAUGGCCAGACAGCUCGUCGAUCAAUUCUGGCGUCGAUGGAUCAACGAGUACCUUCCGACGAUUGCCAUCAGAAGUAAGUGGUUCGACGAAGCCGAGAAGUUAAGAGUGAACGACCUUGUGCUGCUUGUGGACGAAGGCCAGCGCAACGGAUGGUUGAGAGGCCGGGUUGUCGCGGUCAAUCCAGGGAGUGAUGGUCGCAUUCGCCAGGCUACAGUUCAGACAGCUGGAGGGAUAUUCCGGCGUCCGGUGAGCAAGCUGGCAGUGCUCCAGGUGCAGGACGAUAGUAACACAGAUGUAGCGGAGCCACUGGUGCGUUACGGGUCGGGGGAUGUUGCCAACGCUGGCAGCACUGGGAAUUUGAACGGUGAACCGUUCUGCGAUACCCCCCGAUCUUAUCCUACGCGCAGCGAAUGA